AUGGCGACGAACAAUAAUUGGCCCUCUUGUGCUAAGCUCCGGCCAGUGAAGAGCCGAGUCCCUCCCAGAUCGUGGGACAGUCACAUGCAUGUCACGGAACCCCGAUAUCCACUCGUCGCGAACGCAGCAUACAAGCCCAUGCCUCACACGAUCGAGGACGCGAUGACCUUCGAAUCAUCCCUUGGGAUUGAGAACGUUGUCCUUGUUCAACCAUCCAUCUACGGGUUUGACAACUCAUGUCUUCUCGACGCCCUCCGGCGCAUUGGGCCUUCGCGCGGGCGAGGCAUCGUUGUUAUAGAUCCGGCUCAUACAGAACCCGCCAGGUUGGGAGCAUGGCACAAAUUAGGCGUGCGCGGUGUUAGAAUUAAUUUUAAAUCAUCAGGGAAGGAGCCGACUCGUGGGGAGCUAAGACAGACUCUUUUUGAACACGCAGAACUCAUCCGCCCGCUGGGAUGGAUGAUCCAAGUCCACACGGCCAUGAGCAUGAUCCCACUAUUGGAGGAGAUUAUCCCACAGCUCGGGGUCAAGGUCUGUAUCGAUCAUUUCGGGGGACCCGAUCUAUCCCAGGUGGACUGGGACAAAGGAGGAUCUUUCGACCCUUACUCUCUUCCGGGGUUCCAAUCGUUAAUUGCUUUGCUCAAGGCUGGGAGGACAUAUGUGAAGAUCUCUGCACCAUAUCGCCUUAGCCAGGACGAAGAGUUCCGAGACCUGGAAAUUAUAAUUCGGGAGUUCCUACGAGAGGCGCCUAACCAGAUACUCUAUGCUACGGAUUGGCCACACACUAGAUUCUCUGGUAUCAAUGUCGAACCGUUUACAGAACAAUGUUUACGUAUAUGCGGCUCGCAGAGUUCUGCCGAGAGAGUAUUUCGAUUGAAUGCCGAGGAACUGAUGGAUUCCAGCCUUGACGUUUAG